AUGGCACUCACCGGAGCUGCUGGGGAUCGUCCAGAGUUCAGGACCUUCGAUCCUAGCUCCUGUGCUCGGUGCGGGCAUGCUCGCAUUGGGGAGGCAAGCCACCCUGGACCUGCAAAGCGGGGCUUCGUUGAACGGGCAGCACUGCGCGAAGGCGUUGAACUGCGAGAAGUGGCUCUGGUUAGCAGGCGAACUGAAACCCUGGAAGAACGCUUGUGGGAAGGUUUCGUGGAGUGGCUCUUGGAAGACUGUGACAAGGCUCAAGCUGAGGAGCUGUUGAUCAGCGCCUCGAUGGUCGCGCCACUCCUCGAGUUGUACGGGGAGAACCUUUUCAAAAUCGGGGCGUCUCUUAGUUCAUUCCGCCAUCUUAUAGCGUUUGCACAAAAGAAGCAUCAUGAUUUUCGACUAUAUGGACGUGGCUGUUGGACCAUCGUCAGCAGAUGGGAAUCUGUUGAGCCUUUGGUGCAUAGACCGCCAUUGCCCGAGGCGGUAUGCGCCGCCGCUGCAGCCGUUGCAUUCAGUUGGGGAUGGGUCCGGUUUGGUGUGCUUUUGUUAGUGGCUUUCAAAGGCAUACUUCGUAUCGGAGAGAUUCUCAAGGCUGUAAGGCAAGACCUCGUCCUGCCGAGCGACCUCCUGACUGAAGGCACCGAAAGGUUCUACGUUCGUGUGAGCCAGCCCAAGGCUGGAAAGCGCGGCGGAGGCAAGCAGCAGCAUGUCACGAUCCACGAUUCUGUACUCGCCUCCGUGUGCGAGAAUGUCUUUCGACACGCUCGGAUGGAUGAAAAGCUGUAUCCGUUUUCUGGGCAGACCUUCAGACGUCGUUGGAACGAGAUCAUGGCUGCGCUUGGAAUCCCAAAGGAAUUGUCGCUUACCCCCGCCUCAGUGCGAGGUGGGGGGGCGGUGGCUGCAUACCGAAGUGGCACUGCAGUGCAGGACAUUCUGUGGAGAAUGAGGAUCCAACAUCUUCAUACACUUCAACAUUAUCUGCAAGAACUCGCAGCUGAGAAUGUCAUCUCAGCUCUGAAAUCCAAGGCUCGCUUUUCAGUGAAGGCAGGGGCACUUCUACUCCCUCAUUACCUUGAAUCUCUUCGCUGCCGAGGACCUGUCUAUGGGCCUUAG